UAGAUUUUCUUCCCCCUUCCCAAAGAUCCGAUCCUCGAGAUUCUCUUCUCUGUGUGUUUAUAUCACAUCACCAUCUCUCUCUCUUAUUUAUGUAACUCCUCGUCCUCCCUCACAUUGAUUUUUGUGUCCUUAUAUAUCAUAACAUCCCUUUUCUCAUUUCAUUUCUCAAGAGAACACAAUGGCAGUAGGAGAUUUAUCAUCUUCUCCUUCUUCUUCCCCGGAGUUGCAUGUUCUCGCUGUGGAUGAUAGUUUUGUGGACCGUAAGGUUAUCGAGAGAUUGCUUAGGAUCUCUGCUUGUAAAGUGACCACUGUUGAGAGUGGGACUAGGGCUCUUCAGUAUCUUGGCCUAGAUGGAGAUAAAGGAUCUUCUGCUCCUAAAGUACUGUUUCUUUCUUCGAGACCUCUCUGUUUUCUUGAUUUGAAGGUGAAUUUGAUAGUGACAGAUUACUCUAUGCCAGGACUAACAGGAUAUGAACUACUGAAGAAGAUCAAAGAGUCAUCUGCAUUAAGAGAGAUACCAGUAGUGAUAAUGUCCUCUGAGAAUAUACAACCUCGUAUAGAAGAAUGUAUGACAGGAGGAGCAGAGGAUUUUCUGCUAAAACCGGUGAAGUUAGCAGACGUGAAGCGGUUAAAAGAACUUAUAAUGAGAAGUGGUGUAGCUGAAGAAGAAGAUAAAUCCAAGCACUCUUGUCCUAAUAGAAUGCUACAAAACAACACUGAUUCAUCAACAUCAACAUCAUCAUCGUCUCAUGAUGUUUACUCUCUGGAUGAUGACACUCCAUCUUCCAAGCGAAUGAAACUAGAAUCUAGGGCUCAUGAUUGAGCAGCUUGAGUAUUUUCUCAUCACUCCUUUCUUUUGUUUUCUGUAAUGCACUACAAUUAGCCAAGAUGUUGUGCUAAGAAUCUGUUUGACGCUACUCAACUGGUUUUCCUUAGUGGGUUUUUUGCUACAAUCUAAGUUUAUAUAUUUUAGCUAAAUAAUAGACAGAUGAGUUUUUGAGAAUUGGACUAAGUAGGUUUUAGAGUUCCAUCAUCAUCUUUUUCUUUAAUCGUUCCACUUGGGAAAGUUGUUGUAAUACUGUCUAUGUCUAGUCACCUGUGUGGAUAUAUAAAAAAAUAUUAAAUUA